UGAAACAGUUGGUUUUCAGCUGACAUAAAAAUUACAAACUUGAGAAAAUGAGAGCAAAAUAAAAAUACAUUUGUGGGAUUUCACAUAAUGUCAAUAUAAUUUGAAUGACUGAAACCUCUUUGCUGCAGAUAAAAGUUUGCUGAUAUUUGAGUUUGGAGGAAAUAUAGUGUCUUGGAGGUGAACUGAAAGUAGAGCUUCUGUGGGGAUUGCAGGGAAGACUUGAAGAGAAAGAUCUAAUCAACAGAAGAAUUCACUAUAACAAGACACAGACUCUACAUUGGCCGCCAUACGGAGUACAGUGGACAAGCAAGAUGGAGGAACUGACAUACAGAGGGAAAAAAAGAGAGGGAAGACACAGGGAUACAUGGGACCCAUUCCAGCUAAAUCCAAUUGGAGCUGAGAAGGAAACUAAGAGAAGAUGUUUCCAACUUUGCCAGUACCUGGUGGCUGUUAUUGUGGGAUUAGCUGUCUUGACCAGUGCCGUUGUUGCUAAGGGCUCUCUCUUAGUGUUGUCAACUAUGUCCAGUCCAACCUCCAUGCGCAGCCCAAAGGAAAAACAGUUCUACAUGCUGAUGUUGGUUUUCUGCCUGGUCUGCCCCAACGUCCUGGUGUUUUUGAAAUCACUGUGGAGGUGUGCCUUCAAGAGCUUUGUACAUCCCAACAUGAAGACCAUGUCAUUUAUUUGUGCCAUUGAGUGUCUGGUGUCUCUUGGUACUUCAGUCCUGGUGCUAGUCGUUAUGCCUCAGUUUGAUGUGUUGACCAAUCUCUUCAUCAGUGGAGGAGUCUGUAUUGUGACUGCCAUUCUGCAGAUAGUGUACAAACUACAGAGAGACACAUGGAAAAUCCUGUUUCCAAUCUGCUCCCUCAUUCUCACAGUUGCUGGUUACUGCCUCUUGGGAGUUGACUACUAUGUCCGUGUGUCAUCGUAUGUGGAUCGACAAAGUCCCAACUGCUACAUCUACAUUGGAAUUGGGAUAUUUUCUUCACUCCUGAUCUCCCUCUGCUGGUGGGAAAAUCCACUGCAAGCUACUAAUCGCAUGCAGGGAAAGUUGUCUGAAUUGGAGGGUUUCAGGGACUUUGUGUUCGUCAUCAGCAGUAUUCUGAGGAUUAUAGUGAUAGGAGCGGUAUACCUGUUCUACCAUGUGCUUAUUGAGAAAUCCAUCACCUGGUCGGACUUUAACCUUCAUAACGAUGACUGGGAACUGCUACAAAUAGGACUUGUGCUUUUUUUCUUACAGGCAUUCUGCUCAGCAGCCUGCCACUGGUUUGGUGUGGUGGCCUGUAAGAUUCAUGCAGUCAGGAUGGGUUUUGCGCUGCCAGUAUGCUGUACGGGACCUGCAGUUCUGCUGUUAGGACUGAUACUUUUCCUAACCCAAGCACAAGAAUUAAACGGAGCACAGCACGGAAACAUCACAGAGUUUUGUGAAAGCUUGGCCUACUUGAGCACUAAGAACACAACUCCUGUGGUUUUACUGGAAAUCACAAGGAGCAUUUGUCGGACUUCACUAAACAGCUACUACAUGCAAUGGCCUUUUUCAAUGCUGGCACUGGAGGGAGUGUGUAUGUGGUCCGGCUUCGUCACGUGUACCUACUAUGUUUGGAAGAUAAAGGUCCAGCGUAUAGAGAGAACCUCUCAGCUCUUUGUUCGUCGACUCUAUGAAUCCGCUUUCAUUGACCUGUCUCUACUACUCAACACCAAGAUGAAGGUGCCACGAGCUAAAAACCAAGACAGCCAAGAUGACAUACAGAACUGUGUGAUCUAUCUUUGUGCCACCAUGUGGCAUGAGACUUAUGAUGAAAUGCUGAAAAUCCUCACCUCCAUGUUCAGGUUGGACCGCUAUCGAGGUGAUCCAAAGGAAGAACAUAAGGACUGUUUUAACUUUGAGUGUCACAUUUACGUAGACGAUGCCUUCAUGACUGAAAAGGACACAGAAAAGAGGCUGGUUAACUCUUACGUUACCGACUUGAUCCAUGUUGUCAUAGAAGUUUAUAGAGUGUUUACCAACAAAGAACCAGAUGAAGUGUCGAUCAGUGAGACUCCCUAUGGUGGCAGGCUAAUGUUUAUUAUGCCAGAAGGCAACAUGCUCUAUGUUCACCUAAAAGACAAAGAAUGCAUCAGGAACAAGAAAAGAUGGUCCCAGAUUAUGUAUAUGUACUAUCUACUUGGCUGGAAGGGCUACAUCGUCAAGAACCCUCAGAAGAUCACACGCCAGAAUAACCCAGGCAGAGACAGUAUGAUCUCUAUGUAUGGAGAGAUUUAUAGGUUGCCUCAGUAUGACAAUGACUACAAGAGAAGAUUCAUCUCAGAUGACAAUACAUACAUCCUGGCUCUGGACGGAGACACAGACUUCCAACCUAAAGCUGUGAUUCUGCUUGUAGAUAGGUUGAGGAUGUAUCAAAACGUAGGUGCUGCGUGUGGUAGAAUCCAUCCUACUGGUAUGGGUCCCAUGGUAUGGUACCAGAAGUUUGAGUAUGCUGUAGGCCACUGGCUACAGAAGACAGCUGAGCAUGUCUUUGGCUCCGUGCUGUGCAGUCCAGGAUGUUUCAGUCUGUUUAGAGGAUCGGCCUUAAUGGAUGACAAUGUAUUGAAGAGAUACACAACAACUGCAACCAGAGCUUCGGAGUAUGUGCAAUAUGACCAAGGGGAAGAUCGUUGGCUUUGUACUUUGUUAUUGCAACAAGGGUGGCGUGUCGAAUACAAUGCUGCAUCAGAUGCAUACACCAACUCCCCAGAAGAGUUCAAAGAGUUUUAUAACCAGAGGAGACGAUGGGGACCAUCUACACUGGCUAAUACACUGGAUCUUCUACACAGUGGUGCAGAGACUGUGAAAAGAAACUCGUCCAUCUCCAGGCUUUACAUCUUCUACCAGAUGUUUACGGUUGGUUCCUCUAUCCUUGGUCCGGCCUCUGUGACUCUCAUGAUAGCAGGUGCUUUCCAGUUUGUCUUCAAACUCUCUGGAACACUUUCCAUCGUCAUUGCAAGCAUUCCUCCUGUGUUCUACAUCAUCAUCUGUUUUAUGGCCAAACCUAAUGCCCAAAUAACCAUCGCUGCCAUUAUGAGCGUUUUAUAUGCGUUCCUCAUGACUGCAUCCCUUUUUUCUAUCAUCGGUGACAUGGUGAUUCAGGGCACCUUCCUGACCCCGACGGGUCUGUUUUUGGUUUCUAUGGCAAUCAUGUAUGCAGUCACAGCUAUACUACACCCAGAGGAGUGGGGGAUGAUCAUCUAUGGUCUCAUGUAUUUCAUCUGUAUUCCCAGUGGAUACCUCUUACUCACCAUCUACUCACUGGUUAACAUGCACAUUGUGUCCUGGGGCACAAGGGAAUCCAACAAGGGAGAAGGAGAAGUGAAGAAGAACCAGAAUUUACUGUGCGACAAGAACUGUAGACUAUGCUGCUGGGACAUGAAGAUACAGGUAACACAAGAAACAGAGCACCUAAUGCUUCGUCAGAUCACAGGCCAGACUGCAGAGCAAGCCCCUCCCCUUCUAAUCACUAACCAGGCAGCUGCAGAGAUGAAGCAUCAAGCCAAAGUUGAUUUAACCAAAGCUGUUAAAGCUGAAGAACCUCCAACUUACAAACUCAGUGAGAAGGCAGAAAAAGGCAAUGACGCUGCUUCCAGUAGCAGUGAUAACAGUGUCAAAAAAAGGAGCAUAUCACAGAGUUUAUCCGAUGAAGAUGAUGACUCAAUGAAUGCAGACCUGGAGGAGCUUCCUGUCAAAGACUGGGUACAGCCGGUAAAAGAAGAGUUUUUGAAGAAACUGACUUAUGCCAACAUGAAGAGAAAUCUUCAGGAACAAAUACGAUACACACUCCGUAACAAAAAUGAAGAUGAUGUGUGUGAGGAGUUGGUCUUAAUGUUGACAGACACUCUUAAUCAAGAGCUAAGUGGAGUGGGGCCUGAAGAUGUUCUAUCAGAAAGCCAGCUCGAGGAGUUAGAAUAUACCCUGGAAGAGCAUGCUCGGCGUAUCCUUAAAACCAGUCAUGUGGAGAAAUUACAUAAGAGAGUAACCAGCGCCAUCAAGAAAACACUCACUGCCCCGCAAGUGGAAAAACUUGAUGAGGGUGAGCAAGACUUCUGGAACAAGUUACUUGAGCGAUACCUGACGCCUAUUAAAGACAGUAAAGCUCAUCUGGAGGAAGUUACCAGAGAACUAAAGUCACUACGCAACAAGGCCGUCUUCCUGUAUUUCAUCAUUAACGUGUUGUGGGUGGUAGCUACCUUCUUCCUGCAGGCCAUUGGAAAUGAUGUCAUCAGCAUCAAGAUCCCAAAAUACUUUCCAAAUGGAACUGAAUCUCCUGACGUCCUCAAGGUGGAGCCUCUCAGUUUGAUGUUCCUGUUGUCUUUUGCUAUUCUUCUCUUUAUCCAGUUUCUGGCCAUGUUAUAUCACAGAGUCUACACUCUGAUCCACGUGGUGUCCUAUCGCAGCACAGAGAAAGACUACAAACAGAGAGACGAUGUGGAGGAUGAUGAUUAUGAGUUGACUCUGGACAACCACUCUGCCAAUGGACUUGUCAUUACCAGUGAUGAUCUGUAAUCCAUGACAACCAACUGUAACCAGUAAAACCUAGCCCCCAGCACCUAUUUGGAUCGCCAGCAGGUCUCUCAUCAUCCAAGGGCUGCCAGUCAAAUACAUUUUUUUCCAGCUUUCACAAUGCACAAAAUAGUCAAUUUUAAUGAUUGACCAGUGUAGAGUGCCAGCUAUCACACAGUCUUUGUAGACAGGCGAUAGUUGCUCUAAGGACCUGUAUUUAUUGUUUUUGAAGUGUGUUAAAUGCACCGGGUCCACAGAAUUAACAUCCUUAUCAACAUCAGCACGGUGGUUUAUUGGUUAGCACUGUGGCCUCAGAGCAAAAAGGUACCGGGUUUGAGUCCUGGGCCUU